GGUGGUGGUUAGCGACGUCUGCGGACCUGCAGUUGAAUGCCUUUAGUAUUGUCUUGAGGGUGGGUUUGAGUUGUGCUCAGGGCAUUUUCUAUAUAGUUGAAAACCCUGGCGACGGAAGAGCCCAUAAGGAAAAAGGCACGCAUGAUUGGUGAUAUUACGCUGCUUAUGGGAAGCAUUUCUUCGUUCUGUACGAAACCGCCCCCAAGAAGAGUGACCUACCUCGUCGUCUAAGUAAUGGCAGACAAGGAGCUCACAAAAGUCCGGAAAGUCUUCAUAGACAGUGUGUCCAAGCAAGUGAUCAGUCAGCUGCUGGAUGACCUUCUGGAGGACAAGGUGCUGAAUGAAGACGAGAAAGACUCAGUAAAGGAGGAAAACAGUGCUAGGGCAGAGCAGGCACGAUGUCUCAUUGAUAUGGUCCGGAAGAAAGGGAGUAAGGCAAGCGAGAAGAUGAUUGGCCGAGUUCAAGAGAGGGAUUCAACACUUCAUGAAAAAUUUGGCCUGUCCUCCGUGCAGCCUGCCCAGAUUUCACAGCCAUUGCCCCAGUUGUCACAGCAGAUAGAGCGCCCGUUGUCCUCGGUUCUCAUCCCAAGCACAGUUGAUUUUAAGGCACAAAUUCUUCAAGCGAAGGGUCGUGAGAUCUACCCUCCAAGGGACAAGUCUGGCCGGACGCGCCUGGCCCUGCUCAUUAACAACGUGGACUUUGAUGAUAAGGACAUGAAGAGACGAGGGGCAGAGAAGGACGAGGAGAGCAUUGAGAAGCUUCUCAAGGAUCUUGGAUAUGAUGUAGUGAAACACAAGAACCUGUCUGGACAGGAGAUAGACGAGGCUGUGAAAGCUUUCUCUGAACGGACGGAGCACUCCUUGUCGGACAGUGUCUUUGUGGUGAUCAUGUCACACGGGGAGCUGGGGAACAUUUUGGGUAUCCAUUACAAGGAAGCUGAUCCCAAACCUGACAUUUUCCCCAUCAACAACAUCUUCACACACCUCAACACAGAGAACUGCAAAGCGCUGAUAAAUAAACCCAAAGUCAUCCUCAUUCAGGCCUGCAGGGGAGGCAAGGACGGGGCUGUUUGGGUAAGUGACGCUGUGGCUGCGACUAACCCUGAAAUUAAUUUCGAAAGUGACUCUAUCAGAAGGCAACACAAGGAGAAGGACUUCAUCUCCCUUUUGUCCUGUACACCAGAUACUGUGUCCUACAGAGAUACUGAAAAGGGCACCUUUUUCAUCCAGCGCAUCUUGGAGACAUUCAAUACCUAUGCCUGUGAAGAUCAUAUAGAAGAAUUGUUCCGGAAGGUCAUGGGACGCUUUGAAGAUUUCCCUAGACAGAUGCCCACCAAAGACAGAGCCACUCUAACAAAGCACUUUUACCUCUUUCCAGGCCUCUAAGCAGGACAGGUUUAAGUGGAUCUCAUGGCCACAACUCAGUAACUCUAUCCAGGUUUCAACAUUUUGAGAUGCCCUAGGGGGUGCUGUGGUCUAAGCUGCUGCCUCAGGUGCAUAUGCUGCAGUGUGUUCAAAUCUGACCUACUGUUCUUUCAGCAAAAACAUACCUUUUCCUUUUCAACUGUCUCUAUUAAGUAAAUCAUAAGCAUAAGCAUGAAAUAUAUUAUUCAAUUUAAGUUCAACUUAGCAGACACUAAUCUAACGUCCGUUAGAGUAGUGACUGCACAGAUUGCCAUUGGCAAGUUACAGCAGGUAGAGACAUACACUCACCUUAAGGAUUUUUAGGAACACCAUACUAAUACUGUGUUUGACCCCCUUUUGCCUUCAGAAC